AUGUCGGAAACCUCACAUCCAUCUCGCGAUCCAAAAAAUCUCAGCGAACCAUUCGCAGUCAUCGAAUUUCUCGAGAAAAACGAAAAAGGGCUACCAUGCAUUGAUUUGGUGCCGAAAAAAUGGUUUAAUAGUGCAGAAGAAGACACCUGUAAAUUCCCACCGACAACUGAAUAUCAUCUACUUGACGACUACUUGGAAAAAUUGCACUCGCCCAAGGACUCUUGGCAAAGUUAUCCAUUUUGCUUCAUCACCGGAGCAGCUGAUUUGGAUCAGGGUCGCAGAAGAUUAAAAAAGGCCCAAGUAACUCUCAACUGUGAGACAACCGAUGGUGAAAAUGAUCGAAAGGGGGGGAGGUCCGAAACUUCCUCGAAAGCAAAAAUUUCAGCAAAACCCUUAACUGCAUCAAAGUCUCAACUAAACAACAUCUUUAGUACUAAAAUCCCGAUUCCACCUAGAAAUCAAACUCCAAAGUCUGGUAUACAAGCAAAACCAAAGACAAGAUUUCAAAGCAUUUACCAGAGUGGAUCUGACUCUGAAGACGAAAAUCAUGAUUGUCUUAUAGCUAAUCCUGAGGAGAUUCGAGCCUCAAAGGCUCAAAAUAAUUCUGGCUUUUUGCAAAUGUCGAGUAAAUCGCGAUCUGUACCAACAGGUGCAUGUUUAUCAUUUAAACAGCGGUCAAGGAAGAAUAUUACUUUGCUUAAAGACGUCGAAACUGAUGAAUCUGAGAGCAAUGAUUCCUCCGAUGGAAUUCUGCAGUCACCUACAAAAUCGAUGGACUCAGCGAGAAAUACAAGAAAAGAACUUCAUUUGACACCUCCUUCACCACUAGUCCAUAACGCUUCAGGUAACCGAAAAAGGCGUGCAUCGUCUACUACACGCGCUGAAGACGGAUUGAAUUCGAUUGUGAGCCCAGGAACUCCAAAAACUUCACGAUCAAUGAUGGUACCCCCUGCUAAGAUGCCAAAAAUGCUGGGACCACAAAACCAGUUGUCAUCUAGUCAUUAUGCUGAUAAUGAACGUCGAAUCCUGAACUCCCUUCGAGAUUACUUUGAUCAGCAAUUAGAUGAAAAGCUCGAAAAUUUAAGACGCAGGAUGGCUUACGAUUUAAAGCAGUCUAUGAAUGAGCUCAAGACCACAAUCAUUGGCACUAAUCUAGCCCCAGCUUCUGGUCCUAGCUUGCUUGAAAUACAGAAGCAGAUGUCUACGCCACUACCAUUUGAAAUGGAUGAUAAGUUCCAGGAAUACGAAGCGAUAUUGACAACGGACCCAAAUCUCGUAGAAACACUGCGAUUAUUCAUGAGAGUUUUGAUAAGCAAUAAAAAAGAGAUGAAAAUAUGUGUUUCCACUAUCCUAUCUGCGGUUCUGAGGAAGACAGUGUCACUGCACUAUUCUGGUUACGGAAAGGAAGCUGGCGGAAAGAAAAAGAAAAAUUUUUAUAACACUACAGUAUGCAAAGUACUGAUUGAUGUGAUAAUUGAGGUAAUAGGAUCCAGCACUGAUGAGAAGAAGAUAAUGUCAGAAGUAAGUACUUGGUUGUCACGUUCUGGCGAUCGAGAGGGUGGGCGUAAGGAACGACAACGCGGGUCAAGUCAUCAUAACGAGAAUAAUUCAGUUUGUUCCUUUGAUACCAAUCGAUAAUACUUCAUUUUUCCGGGAUAAAUGGAAUUGUAAAAUCACUGUGUUAAUAUGACUCCAUUAGUUCAUUUUCGUAAUUGUAUUAGUUGUGAUAUUCUUGAUAAAAGGUACGAUUAAUAGGAAAAGUUUAUAUUAUCAAUAUAUUUUUAUCGCGAGGCGUUUCAUUGGGCAGAAUAUAUAUUAAUAUAUGAAUAUUGUUUAGUAUUCGGCUGUCAUUGAAGUAUUAAUUAUAUUUAUUAUAUUUCUCCUGGCGAGGUCGGAAAUCCAGAAGAUGGAAAUAACAAUUGGAAAAUGUGAUGUAUCUUAGCAUAAUAAAGUAUUUUCUAUGUCAUUUCCUCAUAAGUUAGAUCACGGGAAUAAAUAUCCGUUGUUGGUUCAGGGAUUAAAUAUUAUGUCCAAAAGUUUAAAGGGAAAAAUAAUAAGUGGAUUUUUAAUUUUUAAGAAAAAUUCUAAUGAAAGUAAUUUCAGCCAUUGAGAGCUGUUUUCAGUAUUUGGUGAUUCAAGUCAAAUAAUAUUUAUAAGGUUGAAGUUUCACAAUCGGACUGCGUCCAUAUUCCCCAAAGAUUUCAAAUUUAAGGGUUGAAAUUAAUUAGUUAUAUGUAAUCCUAUCCAAGACUUUUUUAUAUUUCUAAGUUUGUUUGAAAGAGUGAAUAUAAUAAGCAAUAUUAUAUAGAACUAGCACACAAUCAAUGCAACUAAAUAUCAUUCUGUGUUCCGGAGUUGCAGAUGGAGAAAACAUUAUUGUAAAAAAAGGACGUCUUUCCGAGAUGAAAAAAUAAUUCUUAUCAGGAUAAUUCGUAUCAGCAAUUGUCUAUGGAUAUAAGAAUUAAUUCUUAUCAUCCAUAGCGGAAUAAAUUAUCCAUAAUAUUGCUAUUAUAAUGACUGUUUUCAUGCUUGAAUUGAAGCACGAUAAUUUAUCAAUUCUAAACUACUAAUUUAAAAAAUAACAUUGGUGCGUUAUUUUGUUGGAUAUUUUGUUAAUACAAUCUUCGAAUUCUGAAGACUGACUGCUAAUAUUAUUAGAUUGUAAGAGAGAGUUUAUUAAGACUUAAUAUGGUAUGUCGUAUUAAAUUUCGGAUUCAAAUGAUCUACGUAGAUUAUUUAUUUUAAAAGCGGAUGAAAAUAAUCCACAAAAGAUUUUUCUACAAUUUAUACCUGCAAUCAUUUUUUUGAGUUUUCAUAUUCUGUUCGCGGAAAAAUCUCAUAGUUGUGAUUAUCUUUCAUGAAAAUUGGAGAUACAAACACUGCAUAUCUUUAACUGUUCAACCAAAAUCGGAUGAAAACAUGUACUAUGUCGAUAGGAGGAAAAAAGUUUUUGAUUGGCUGAGUUUUUUUGUCAAUAGAUUUAAUAAAUUUAAAUAUAAGUUUUGUCACAUAAUAAAACUGUUUUCUGUAUAAUGUUGAAGGUAAUAAAUACAUGUCUGCUUAUCAGAUAUACCGUUCAUAUAUUUAUUGGUGAUUCUGAACCCAAUACAGGCAACGGUUGGAGCCUGGCCACAGCUCUGGUCGUAAAUCUGGGCCAAUUUCGGGCCGAAUGGUCAGCCCAGAAUGCGGCCAAAGUUCGGCAAUAGGUCUGGGCCAAUUUCGGGCCGAAUGGUAAGCCCAGAGUGCGGCCAAAGUUCGGCAACAGGCCUGGGCCAAUUUCGGGCCGAAUGGUAAGCCCAGAGUGCGGCCAAAGUACGGCGACCGAAGUCUGGCCAAAGUUCGGUCCCAGGCCUGGCCCCGUGUUAUCAUCCCAGGGUCUAGCCAAGUUCGGCGCGAGUUUGGCUGGAGCCCGGGUGCCGAGCUACGGCAGCUCGGCGGCCGUGCUUGUACCAAGGUUGGCCCAUUCGUUUUUUCCUACCUGGGA